AUGAACAAUCGAUUACUAUAUUAUGGCAUCUGUGAUGCCUUAGUUUGUCUGGUGAUUGGAGUGGUAAAUGUUUGUUAGAAAUCCUGUUGUUUGCGAUUUGGCAUUUCAUUUAUAGCAGAGUUAAUAUUGAUGAUUGCAUUUGUAGUUCUGCAUAAGAAAAACUGUUUAAAUGCCUUGAUUAGAGAUUGCUACUUAAUAAUCUCAUAUAUGUUAUGCUAAAUUUUGCAAAUUGAGUUCUUGGAACAAUAACAAUCUCCAGUAUUUACCAUAAUAAUUAUUAGGAAUAUAUGCUCUUCUUCAUCAUAAGAUUGUUGGUACUUAUAACAGUUUUAUAAAGAAGCCCAAUUCAAAUCAGCAUAUUUUUUAUAGUCUAUCUCUACUUAUGCAUUAGAUUAGAAUUUUAUGCUAACUUAUUCCCUUAUAUUGGUUUGGUAUUCGUGCCUUUAAUGUUCAAAAUUGACAAGCACGAAUAAUUACUAUCUAAUUUAAUUACUGAAUUUUUCAAAGGAACAAUAACUAAUGCUAUAAUAAUAAUCGAUGCUUAAACAAAACAGCCUCUAUUUCAUACUAAUUAAAUUGAAUCUGAAUUUAACUAUUCAAUUGCGAAUCAAAAGCACUUUAUUAAUACCCUGGAAUAAUUUUAAGAUUCAACCCAUAAGACAUUAAGUUCUGUUUUUGAGGAAUAAAAAUUAUAAACAACCUCUGGAGAAUUGGCUUAAUAUUGCAAACUUCA